UUAACCAAACCUGACUUGACACUACUUGUCGACACUUGACAGACGUCAAUUUAAAAGAUUGCAAGUUUACCAAUUUCCGAUUCGAAAAACGAAAUUCUAAUUGUACUUAAUUUGGUUUUGAGCUGAUUUGAGGCGGCGCUGCAAUGGCCAAAGAGAUGAAGGAGGUGGACAUAUUUCGCGACACGUACCUGAGAUACCUUGGAUACGCCAACGAGGUCGGUGAAGCUUUUAGGGGUAUUGUCGCAAAAAAUUUGGUACGAUUUAGCUAUGCUGUAGCAAUCGGCUACGUUAUCGCUGACUCUUCGUGCAAGGCAGUUGUUGCCUAUCAGCAAGAACCAUCCCCGAAUAAAAUUAAACGAGUGGCUUUGUCAGCAUCUGAUUGUUUGAUAUGGCAAGGGUUUGCUUCUGUGGUGAUUCCCGGGUUUACUAUAAACAGGAUUUGUUACUCUGUUCAAUUUGCACAGAAAAAGUUGAGCGGUAAAAAAUUCCAAAGCCCUUGGAUCAGCGUAGCAGUCGGUCUCAUAUCCAUUCCGUUUAUUAUUCAUCCUAUAGAUGCUUUGGUUGAAAAUGGAAUGAAUCUAAGUUACAGAAAAUGGGUUGGUCACAGUCCCAAUAUAGCACCGGAUUAAUGUCAACUAAUUUCCAAGUAACACCACAGUUGUUCCAAGUCUCGUUAGUACAAAUUAAACAACAAAGUAUAUAGACAAUGCUUUACGCCCAAGCAGUAAAUAUAAAGCGAUAUAUAUAUAAACAUUUUCAUCGAAUGAAACGCAUAUUUUAAUCUUUUCCUUAUUGUUAAUGUAUUAUUGUUGUAUCGUAUACCCGUACGUUUUAUUAGAUCAAUUGUUACUUACGAAUAAAUAUUUAUUAUAAA